UUUCAAAAUAUCACUUUCAUCGCCCAAUUAUUAUCAUCGCUUGAAAUUCUUCAACUUCAUCGAUCCGUUCUCUGGAUCGUCCAUCAAUCUCAACUCGAUUCGAUUCGACAAUGGCGACGGCGUCUUCAGCGUCGAGCAAGAUCGAGAGAGCUCAUCAGCUGUACCGCGAAGGGAAUCACGGCGAUGCGCUCGAUCUCUACACCGAAGCCCUAGCCAUGGCGAAGACCAAGGCGCAGAAGAUCGCCCUCCACAGCAAUCGAGCUGCUUGCUAUCUCAAGCUCCACGAUUUCAAAAUGGCAGCAAAAGAAUGUACAUCAGUUCUUGAGUUGGAUCACCAGCACACUGGAGCGUUGAUGUUGCGGGCUCAAACCCUUGUCACCCUAAAGGAUUACCAGUCAGCUCUUUUUGAUGUCAACAGGUUGAUUGAGUUGAAUCCAUCAUCAGAUGUAUAUCGGAACCUGCAUUCCCGAUUGAAAACACAACUGGCUCUAGCACCUAUACCUGAAUCUGAUGAAGAGACACAAUGUGUUGAAGAACAAGAAGAAGAACAAGGACAGGAAGAAGAACAGAAGGAAGCAAAACAAGAACAAAAAGAAGAACGAAACGAGGAGAUGAUUACACACAAGAAAGGAAACAGAAUGGAUGAACCCUCAAGUAUCAAUCCUAAAUCUCCUACAACUCAGAAUCAGAAUCUAGAAUCCCCACCUAAUUUACAUUCCAAAUCCCCACCUACUGUACAUUCUAAAGCCCCACCUGGUGUACAUUCCAAAGCAUGGGAAACAAUCCCGAAACCAAAAGGGCAUUCAGGUUUGGAUUACUCACGAUGGGACAGGGUUGAAGAUGAUUCAAGCGAGGAGGAAGAUGAUGAUGAUGAAGAACAGCAACCUCAGUAUAGAUUUCGUGUCAGAACUGUUGGCGUUCGGUCUGUUAAGUAAAUAACCAUCGAAGCUGAAGUUACCAUUAAAGAUCAGUAUAUUUGACAUGGGAAGGUCCUAACCAUGAUCAAGAUUGUCACUGCAAAACUCUGUUGUGUUCAUGUUCAAUUAUCUCCUGUUCUUAACCUUCUGAACUGGGGUGGUCUUGAAUCAGUUUGCAUUAGAGUUCAGGAGCGCUGUCGUAUUUAGCGCAUUAAUUUAUGAGAUGGGGUUAUUCUUCGCUUGGUGAACUGUAUCAGAGAUUCGUAGUUGAGAUUUCACCUAUAGCGUCAUAUUGCUCCUCAAAAGAGCUCGAUCUCUACUAAUUAGAAGACAAAAUCAGAAGGCUCAAGUGGGGAGUUAUCAACUGAAACCUAUGGCAAAUCACUGGACAUAUCGGCUGCUACCACCAUAAUUUCUGUAUACUGAUCAUGUAUAUUUUUGCUUUUCUAAUCCCUCAGGGCCAUAGUUAAUCACAAUCCAUGUAGGUUUUGUUAUGUUAAUUUAUAUUCAACCCAUUGGUUAUUUAAUCUUGAGGUUCUGGCUUGUUGUAGAUCA